CGCCUUCGUCUGAACGACAAACAUUCUCCAGGUGAAGGCGACAGGACCCCACAUCACCGCGCAAAACCACUUCACGCACAAUACCACUUCACGCGCAGCUGUUUACGUCCAUAUGUAGUUAGUCUCCUAGCUACCAAUUACUAUUUCACACUCACUUUUCUCUCUCUCUCUUUUCCUCUCUACGCCUCAGAUCCUUCCUCAAAUUCUACCUCUUUUCUGAUCCCUCGCCUGGUUUCUCUCCGACCGUACUUUUCAAGAUACUCCUCACUGAACGGCAGUUCCAUUUCCUCGCCGAUCAAUACACCAUGGGGGGAUACAUGGAGAGAAGUGAAGCCGCGCUCGAGCCUGAAACGUCGCUGGAGCAUGAAGAGCUCCACGACAAGGAAGAUGUUUUUGAUGAACAUCUUUUCGGUGGCAGUAACCCUUUCGCUGGGUCUGCCCGAGUCAAGCACCCUCUCCCUGAAAGGCCGCCAGCGGUGCAAGGAGAGGAGAACCGAGCAGUAGGGCCAUCCAAGAGUAGGCCAUCAAAGAAACGGAGAGACAUUCUCCAAAGAAAUCACAGACCGAGUUUGAACAAACUCCACGGAGCCCCAGAGCUCAAAACCCAUCAUCAACUUGGCCCUUUGAAGGACAAGAUUUUUAACGAGCUUGGUCUAAGCAUCGAACGGGUGCUUGCCAUGGAUACCAGACCAGAACUGAAACAGAUGUCAGUUCCCAAUCGGUAUCUCGACAACGCCAGUCGCCUGAGAGCUGGCGAAGAAAACUACAUCUUCCCGGGAGAUAUCGAAAUCUCAGGGCCGCUUACCGCCAUCAGAGCGGCAUACGGGGAACACAUCGCAUCAGCUCGAGAUGCAUCCCGCAUCGUGAUUUGGGCCGAUGGGUCAUCAUCCCCGGCUGGCGCAGGUGUUGGUGUCGCCUAUCGUUUGACUUCUUUGAAGAACGAUCGGUGGACAAAUUGGAAUUCGCUUGGAUUACAAGUGAAAGGAAACGACAUCGGGUCCCUCGAGGCGGAAUUCUUAGCCGUCAUGAAGGCCAUCGACACUGCGCGUGAUCUGUUUUCACGCGAACCGGGCCGCUAUAAAGCGACCACCAUCUACACGGAUAGCCAAUCCGUACUGGACCACUGCAACCGGAGGGCAGAAAAGCCACCGGUUUCGGCCAUCUUUCGGAAGGCAAUGUCGCUGAAGCAGCUUGGCUCAGAUAUCAAGCUUCGCUGGUGCCCAGGCCACUCCAAGGUUCCCGGCAAUGAGCUCGCGGACAAGGCAGCUCAAAGAGCAGCCUCUCAACUGUUCCGCCAGGAUGAAGAGUUCAUCGUCCUCACUGAUGAUGAGGGAUACGGCACUGAGCCUGAACCGACUCCUUUUUCACCUACGGGUUGAAUUUGUACGUAUUUGAUUGACGCUCGAUUGCCCACUUUUACUUCCCACGCUUUGCCACGCUGUGGGAUCCAUCACUCUCCGAACAGUUGUAUUAACCU